UGGGCUCGCGUGCGCACUUGCGCGAAGCUUAGCGACGUAGCCGCGGGGCUCCGGCCGCUUGACAGAAUCCUGACUUGUCGUCUGUCGCGGCGCGGCGCUGCGUCAAGGAGACACUGGACGCGAACAUUCUGUCAUUCUGAGGCGACAGGCCCGAGCUCACGGGGCUGAGGGACUCGGCUGGCGCGCUCUCCGGUCGCUGCCGACCAGUGCGGGGCCGUGGGCCGUGGGGCCGGAGCCCCGCGUGCUGCAGGGAGCCGAAGGCCCAGCCAGUCUUGGGAGGGGCGGGGGGCUGAGUUUUCCUAGGGGCUGUGUUAUUUGUGACCGCGAUGAGAAAUUUCGUCAGUGAUGAUCUGACAACUGACAAACUUCACAGGCCCAAGAGCUCGAAAGACUGGUUGGAACCACAGCCACUUUAUUUUGUGGAGGCAUUAGCUAAAGAAGAUAUUGAUACAGCUAUUCAAUCAAUAUUAUAUAGAGAAAAUUAUGUAAUUAAGGAACUAGAUAAGUAUUUACUACAUCAUGACUUCUUAAAUGAAAGAAGAAAAGAGGUGUUAUAUAAAAGAUGGGCUGACCAUGUGGCACAUCCUCUCCAGAAGAAAAUUAUAGAAAAAGUUUGUUCACACAAGAAGAUUAGAAAAAGGAGACAAGAAGAAUUAGAUGGUUUUUUAAAACAUGUAAAUAAAAAGGGAAAUGCAUUUAUAGAGCAUUAUGAUCCAAAAGAGUAUGAUCCUUUUUAUAUGAGCAAAGAGGACCCGAAUUUUUUUAAGGUUACCAUUCCACCAUUUCGUGACCCUUUGAAAAAGGCACAAUAUAACAAAGAUGAUGAAAAAAGAACUCUUCUUCAGUGUAAAACUGGCAAGAUAUAUACAAUGAAAGAAUUUAAAGAGACUGAAAAGGCCAAACUGCAUUCCAGAUUCCCAAGUAUUUCUAACUCAAGGCAUUUUAUGACUCCAAAUGAGUGGCUUAAGGUGCCUACAACCUACAUAGAAAGUGAAUUUUGUAAAAGGAGCAGGUUAAAAGUGAAAAUGAAUUUUAAUGAUUGUAGUUUUGAUUUGAAACCUUUGACAAGAGCUUCUCAUCCUGUGGAAUCUCAGCAAGAAAAAAAAGCAGUUAUUUACAAAAACAAAGGAUCAUCCCUUCUGGAAAAAGAACCUCUAUGUUUUCAUGAGAGAAAGAAGAAAGAGGCCAAUUCUGAAGGUCACUUCCUUGACCCUCAGCAGAAGAUAGAGAGGGAUGGGGCCCAGUAUGAGGUGAGAGCUGGAAUGGUCAUUUUUGCCAUACACGGGCAGCAAUUGCUGAUACCAAAAUCUGAGCAGCUGGGAGUGUCUCUGUAUGACAGGUUUUUAGGAAGAGAGGAGGCAGUGGGCUGCACCCCUUUACCCCAAACAAGGCAAGGGAUUGGGUAAAAGAAACCCGAGAAGCAGCUUCCUUUAUUCAGAGGGAAUGAGGAGAAUUGCCCUGGGAGUUAUUACACAAUGGACAUGCCCUCUGGUGGGUGAGCUAUCAGAUUUUCCCACCUCCCUCUUAUGAAUGUUAACCCUUCUUUUGUUUCACCAUCAUCUUUACCAUUUACCACUUAUCAUGCCCAAGCCAGGCCCCAAAUUUUGUUCCCCUUAAUUCAACCCAGACAGGCAGAAAAUUUUCAAAAGGACGAUGUACUAAAUUCAGUGUAGGAAAAUUUUUUUUAAGAUUUUAUUUAUUUAUUCAUGAAAGACAGAGAGAGAGAGAGAGA